GAUAUUUGAAGAUGAUUAUCAAAUCUCUCAAGUCUUUUCUUUACCAGGCUAAGCAUACGUGGGCAAUAAACUUGUGAGCCUUUCAAGACUGCAGUCCUCACGCCGCGUACCUGGGAGUAAGCCCCGUUCAGUUCAAUGGGACUUACUUCCGAGUAGACACGGCUUAGGGCUGCAUUGCUAAGAUGCCGUGCAAGACUCUUUCCUGGGUUUUCUCUGUAGCAAGCUAACGGGUUUACUGCCUCCCUGGGUUUUGCACAGAGAAAUCAUUCAUACGAAGUAGUGGCAAAGACCCCAGGCAUGGGCCAGCCUCGCCUCUCCCACCCCACCACCCGCAAGACCCAACAGAAGGAAGCAAAGCUCUCCACCACCGACCAGGAAGUGGCGAGCGGAAGCUGCACGUGGUUUUCAGGGCGCCACGUGGGUGGAGGCUGGAUUCGGAAGGCUCCCUCCCUGCCAGCCCUGCCCUCGCUUGGCCGCCCUUCCCCGGGGAAGCGACAUGGAGGAGGAGGAGGAGGAGGAGGAGGCGGCUCCGCGAAGGCGGCAGCUGCCGGACUCCAACGCCCGGUACCGGGACAGGAGCUUCUGGGACUCGCGGUACCAGGACGAAGGGGCGGCUCCAGCCGAAUGGUUCGGGGGCUUGGAGCGAUUCCGAGAGCAGCUGGAGGCGGAGCUGAGCCCCGGUGAUCGGAUCCUGGUGCUGGGCUGCGGGAACAGUGCUCUGAGCUACAACCUCUUCCAGCUGGGCUAUACAGACAUCACCAGCAUUGACUACUCACCCAUAUGCAUUGCAAGCGUGCAAGACCGCUAUGCCCAUUGCCCAGGCCUGCACUGGGCAGUGAUGGACGCUCGGGCCUUGACCUUUGUGGAUGGGAGCUUUGAUGUGGUGUUGGAGAAGGGCACUCUGGAUUCCAUGAUGGUGGAAGAAACGGACCCAUGGAAUGUCUCCUCCGAGGCUAGGAUGCUUCUGGAUCAAGUGUUAACUGAGGUGAGCAGAGUCUUACGCCCUGGCGGCCGGUUCAUCUCCAUCACCUUUGCUCAGCCGCACUUCCGCAAGCGCCACUACGCCCAGCCAGCCUACGGAUGGUCCGUCCGGCACGCCACGUAUGGGAGCGGAUUCCACUACUUCAUCUACGUCAUGCGGAAGGGCGAGGAGCUGUCCCCUUCCGACUUGGCACUGGGGCAGAGCCUGCACCUGCCUCCCCGGACUCCGCCCCCUCUACGCUACCUCCAGGACCCAGACAGUGAGAAUUUUCUCUCUGCCAUUGACCUGUGAGCGGCUGGCAAGGAAUGGGGUGGGGUGGAGAGAGGGGGCACAUAAAACUGCUCUCGUGACCACGUGCCAAUCUGCCUGCUGCUGCUGCUGCUGCUGCUGCUGAACUGCCAGAGUCAACAUUUUCUCCCAAGUCAUUUUGGGCAAUUUCCUGCAUACAGUAUUCAUUUUUUGAAUUAAGAAAGAAAGAAAGAAAAAAGCUGCAGUUGGCAACGGGAGCCAAUUCCCCAUGGAGCUGGAUGGGAACGUUUUCUGCAGCCAAAUCUCUUGUAAGAAAGGAACAUUUCCCUCCCCCUUUCUGCAUCUUCUCUUGUGCCUGCACUUUGGAGCUGUGAACCCCGUCCGUGGAAACGGGCAAAGUGUUGGAAACUCUGGUGGUUGUUUUUAAAUCUCACUGCUGUGCCUUGAAAUCCCGCGAUCCCCAGGUUCUGCUGGGGUGGUGCUAUACAGAGUGGGCUCCUUCAGUAAGCAUCUCAAUGGAGAGGAAGAUCUAGAGUCUGUGGCCGCCCUCUCUGCCAUCUUGAAAUGUGGCUUUAUUCCGCUCAGCUGGUUUUUUAAAGGCAAGUGACUGCCAGUGCUGCCUUCACAUCUGGCCCUGCCUGUGACAAGCAGCAGAACAGAAGGCCCAGGACAAGUCUCUUCUGAGGCUCUUGCACACUUUUGAGGGUCCUCUACAGCAGUGUUCCGCAACCUUGGGCCUCCAGCUGUUUUUGGACUACAAUUCCCAUCAUCCUUGACCACUGGUCUUGCUAGCGAGGGAUGAUGGG